CCAAAUUGGUGGUACGGGAAAGAGAUCCCUCCUUUGCCCUAAGAAAGCCAAAAAGUCACCCAGAGGUGGGGCUAGCUUCCCCUCUGACAUCUGAGAUGGGCAGUCGUGUCACUGCCCCCGGAUAAAUAAGAGGAGCUCAGCCAGGGCAGAAGGACCACACGCUCCAGCCCUCCUCAGGACAACGUCUCAGCUCCCUGCUCAUCUCCCAGUCCCAAGCUCAACAUGUCUUUCUCCGCAGAUGAGGUUGCUGACUUCAAAGAGGCUUUCCUGCUCUUUGACAGGACAGGUAACAGCAAGAUCUCCUACGCCCAGGUUGCUGAUGUCAUGAGGGCUCUCGGCCAGAACCCCACAAAUGCUGAGGUCAAGAAAGUCUUGGGCAACCCAACUCCUGAGGAGAUGAACGCCAAACUGAUUGAGUUCGAUCAGUUCCUGCCCAUGCUGCAGGCUGUUGCCAACAACAAGGACCAGGGCAGCUUUGAGGACUUCGUUGAGGGUCUGCGUGUCUUUGACAAGGAAGGCAAUGGCACAGUCAUGGGUGCUGAGCUGCGUCACGUAUUGGCCACACUGGGUGAGAAGAUGAAGGAGGAAGAAGUAGAAGCUCUCCUGGCAGGACAGGAAGACUCCAACGGCUGCAUCAACUAUGAAGCUUUCGUGAAGCACAUCAUGUCCGUCUAGAUUCAUCUUAUCUUUUAAACACUGCCUUAGAAUGUCUCAGGAGAACUGGAGGCAUGGAAUCUGUACAAAGACCAGCAACUGGUCAUUACCAACUUUACGGAUAUGUACUGUAUAAAACACAUCAAUAUUUUUUAUUUUCCAUCAUUGGGACAUUUUUUUUCCCCACAAACCCUGUCGUUAUUUAAAGCAAAGACCACACAAGAGGGAUCACCCUGGUAAAGCCGGAGGAGAUUUCAAUCAAGCAGAUAUGUGUAACAUGCCAUGGAGCACUGUACAUCAAAAGACAUCGCAAUAAAAAUACCCUUUGCUAAAAUGGUGGCUACAAAGUCUCUCUUAAUUUAUCUGCCCUGGGUUUUGGGCCAAUAUACCAAAGAACACUGUGUCAUUCACUGGCAGAGACCACACUAGCCUAAGGUUUAGUGGGUUCCUCUGAUAGUAGGGUAGUUAAUUUAUUGUAUUUCUGUAUUCCAUACUGUCUAAACAAUAAAGUUUUA